AUGCCAGAUAUAAUAACCUCAGUAAUUAAUGGGACGACGCCAGCCACUAGUGGACUCAUCUCAGCUGCUCAGCAAGUUUAUUGCAUCUGUCAAUCCGUUCUAAUCACUCUCAUUAAUGAAAACUCUCUUAUAUGGGGUGAAGCCACCAGUGUAUCAAUUCAAAUUCAAGGGUUGGGAGGGACGACAACGCAAAUACCAAGUGUUGUGUCGUUUAGUGUGACGCCGUGUUCGUCAACUACCACGUCAAUAAGCACGACCACUGCUACUUCGACGACCACAACAGCUACAACUUCAACAAGCACGACAGCUACAACUUCGACAAGCACAACUACAACUACAACUAGCACGACGACAACUACUACGACCAGCACGACAACUACUACAACCAGCACGACAAUUACAACUACGACCAGCACGACAACUACAACUACGACAGGCACAACGAGCACGACAACCACAACUUCAACAACUACUACUACAUGUUCUGGGUCUUUGUGUGUUAUAAUUAGUAAUCUGAAAGCGUUAAUCCAAGUUCUCACAGCCAUAAAUACUUCUAUUGUGACAAUUCAGAGCCUUGCUACUCAACUGUCAACUCUGUUGAGUAUUCUUGCCACUCUUGGGAAGAGGAGAAAACGUCGAAGCGUAAAUGAUGACCUGAACGGUAUUGGAAAUACCCUAUCGUAUUUUCCUGGUGCAGCCUAUGACAGAAACCCAGGUCUUAUAAACUCGUUGACGGUGCAAAUGGUUACCGCACAGAAAACUGUCAUCGGUAUAACAAAUUCGGUAAUAAACGGGUCUACGCCAGUAACUUCUGCACUUUCCUCAGCUGCUCAGCAACUUCUUUGCACCUGUCAGGUUACUCUGGCCAUUCUGUUCGCUGAAAACAGUGUUAUAUAUACAGAAGCUGGCAGUCUAUCUACUCAAAUUCAAGGAUUGGGAGGAGCCACGACCCAAAUACCAAGUGUUGUGACAUACAGUUUAACCCCGUGUCCGGCGACAACCACAUCAACCAGCACGGUAAUGACGACGACAACGUCUACUAGUACUUCGACGACGACAACGUCGACUACCACUUCAACAACGACAACAUCUACCACUACUUCGACAACGACAACUUCGACUACCACUUCAACAACGACAACAUCUACCACUACUUCGACAACGACAACGUCGACUACCACUUCAACAACGACAACAUCUACCACUACUUCGACAACGACAACGUCGACUACCACUUCAACAACGACGACAUCCACCACUACGACGACGACUACCACUUAACA